CAUGCUAUAUAUGCAUCGACACGAUUCCGAAGGAGUUAUACGUUUCCUUAGCGAUAUAUCGAUAAUCCAUUCGAUAAUCUCAUCUCCUCCAUCUCCUCUCUCGAUUCAUCCCUGUCUAUCGCAUAAUCGAAUCUAUUGGCAGUCUCAUCAGUUCACGCCACUGCCAUUUUCUCCCUCCGAAUCAUAUCUUCUCGCGUCCACGAACCGAAGAACUAUCUGAAUCUGAAGUCAAGGAGAGAUCACUAUUCGAUUGAAUGAUCCCAGCUAAUAAGGAUGACUACUCAGGACAUUUCAGAAAAAUCAGUGCUGCGUAUCAUGCAGAGGGAGCAAGAGAGAGAAAGACGCCGGAUCAGGGACAGACAAAGAAGACAAUCUAUGAGUCUUGAAGAGAGAGAAAAACAUCUUGCCAGACGUCGCAGAAACUAUCAAUUGCGAAGACAAAAGGCUGAUAAUUCUCAAUCGGAUUCUCAAUGCAAACAAACAAGUGCUACGACUGGUGGAGAUCAAAACACAAGGAAUGAAUAUCAAGCAGCAACUAAUUCAUCUGAACUUUGUGUGCAAAGUGAAGUUAUUACUCAUAUUGGAUUAAAUCAAGGGCAAGACAAACUGGAUGUGUCAAGCAUAAAGUUUGAGGAUGUGGAAGCUGGAGGUCACAAAUUAGCUAAAUUCCCAAGAAGGCUACGGUUAAGUCAUGUAAGGCAUCUUGCACGAUCAAUAAACAAUCCCAUGGACGAGCUAACUGGUGACAAUCAUCCGAUAGGGGCAGAUGCGGUAACAAAGAAAAAUGCAAGCACCAAGUUUGGAGGUACUGAUUCAGGUUCACCAAAAAGAUUGCGCUUAAAUCAUGUUAAACGUCUUGCAAGGGCAGUACAUUCUACAGUGAAGGAGAGUGAAAAAGAAGGAUGAGCCAACCUCUCGUGUUAAUGUAAAAAAAGGCAGCCUUUUAGGGCUUACACACCAUGAAUGACAUUCUUCAUAUCUUAUUCCAAUAAAUAUUGGGUUCAAGAUGUAGGAUGGAGAAAGCUACGGUUACUAGCAAAGGGGACGAGGCUGAUGAAGAUAAAAACAAUAGUUGAGACUCGAUUAUAUUUAGGACUUCACAUGAUACUGAACAAAUCUAAACUGAAAGUGUCCCCCAAGAUGCGAUGUGUUUGAUAUUGGUUUUGCUGGAACCUGCAUGAAUUGUUAAUUCAAAUUUUAAAUUGAUACAGAGGGACUCCCAACUGACAGUUGGGAUGAAUACUUGGAAGAUGUUGAUUGAUAGAGAGUGUGAAUUUUUACUGAUUUGUUGA